AUGUUAGCUCAGAAAGCUGAUGAAUCCCAUUUUCCGAUCAGAUCCUUGUCCGAAUCAAAACUCUUUCUGAUGAAUCCCAUUUUCCGAUCAGAUCCUUGUCCGAAUCAAAACUUACUCCAUAAUAAAUUUUUUUACUUUAUAACUGUUAUAGUUAUAGUCCUUCGUCUAUCGAGUCACGGGAUUUGUCUGGAAAUAGGCACCCUUACUCCCAGUAUAGUCCUCAGAGAUUCGGACACCAUUGUUUCUCAAGGCAAGAUCUUCAGUUUGGGAUUCUUCAGCCCCAAUGGAACCACCAGACGCUACAUGGGAAUUUGGUUUUAUGUAUCCAAGGUGUCUGUCGUGUGGGUUGCCAAUCGAGAUCGACCUCUCAAUGAUUCUUCUGGGACUAUAACGAUAUCCACGGAUGGUAACAUCGUACUACUGAACGGAAACAACGAGACUGUUUGGUCCACAAAUGCCACAACUUCUCCAAGAAAUACAUCUUCCCAGUUGACAGAUAAUGGAAACCUUAUUCUCCUCGAUGGGUCAAAUAAUGUCACAUUAUGGGAAAGUCACAAGCACCCAACAAGCUCUUUUCUGCCUACGUUGAGAUUAAGUCACAACACGAAUACGGGUGAGAAAGUAAGGCUAAAUUCGUGGAGAACUUCUCAGGAUCCAAAUUACGGAAAUUAUUUCGUGGGACUCCAGGUUUCUAUAGGCAUUCCACAACUUUUUUCAUGGAAUCAAGAUCGUCCAUUCUGGCGGAGCGGUCCGUGGAACGGUCGGGUUUUUACUGGAGUUAUGAGAAUGUACUCUGUGUACGUUGAUGGAUUCAGUAUGGUAAAUGAAGGUGGAACAUACUAUUUUACUCGAAGUUUUCGUCAAAACUUAUUAGUCAAAGAUGAUUUAAGUCCAGAUGGAAUUCUAACGGAGGAACUAUGGAAUAAUCAGAUGGGUUAUUGGGAUAGAUCGUAUAAGGGUCCGGAUGUCGCUUGUGAUGUAUAUAACAACUGCGGUCCAUUUGCAUUCUGUAACCAAUAUAAUUCACCUAUAUGUCAAUGUUUAAGAGGGUAUGAACCAAUGAACGAGCAGGAAUGGGAUGGAGGGAAUUGGACUGCUGGAUGCAAGAGGAAGACGCCAUUACAGUGUGAAAGAAGUAACAAUGCGACCGAUAAAAGCAAAGAGGACGUAUUCUCAAAGUUAAGGAUGGUAAAAGUGCCAGACUUAAUUCAGUGGUCACCUGGUCUUGAAAAUGAGUGCAGAAGUAUAUGCUUAAGGAACUGUUCCUGUAUAGCCUAUUCUUACGACACCGAUAUAGGUUGUAUGUAUUGGAGUGAGACCUUAAUUGACAUUCAACAAUACAAGGAUGAUGCAGGUUUAGAACUCUACAUCCGUGUACCCUACUCGGAGAGAGAUAAGCAGAAAGACAAAAAAGUGAUUCUCAUAGUUUUGGUGAUAAUCAGUUUGGUGGUUAUAUCCAUUUGCUUAUUUUUCUCUUGGCGGUGGAUGUCCAAGAGAAAAAAGAAAAUUGUAAUUGAACAACAAGAAACGGGGGAAAAAAACUCGUUGUAUUCAAACCCUAUUGUGCUUAGAAAUCCCGAAGACAAUGUCAAUAUUGAAGAGUUACCGUUAUACAGUAUUGAGACACUUGUAAAUGCAACAAACAAUUUUCACGUGGCGAAUAAGCUUGGUGAGGGUGGUUUUGGUCCUGUUUAUAAGGGAGAGUUGGCAAACAGAAAAGAAAUUGCUAGAUAUGAAAAAAUGUUGGUCUAUGAAUAUAUGCAAAACAGAAGCUUAGAUGUCUUUCUCUUUGAUCAAUCCAAAAUGGUUCUCGAUUGGAGGAAACGAUUCAAUAUUAUUGAAGACUUCGGAAUGGCAAGAAUCUUUGGAGGAGAUCAAGAUCAAGCCAAAACUAAAAGAGUUGUAGGAACAUAUGGAUACAUGGCUCCAGAAUAUGCAUUAAGCGGCAGAUUUUCAGAAAAAUCGGACGUUUUCAGUUUUGGAGUUAUAGUAUUGGAGAUCAUUAGCGGGAGAAGGAACACAAGCUUCUACAAUGAAGAGCUAUCUUUAACCCUUUCUGGAUAUGCAUGGAAAUUAUGGAAUGAGAACAAAUCCGAGAAACUCAUAGAUAGAAGAAUAUCAAAUCCAAAUUUCAAUGCAGAAAUCACGAGAUGCAUGCACAUCGCAUUGUUAUGUGUCCAAGAAUCCCCCGUAAAUAGGCCUACUAUAUCAAUCGUUCUCUCAAUGCUAAGUGCUGAAAUCGUUGAUCUGCCAUUGCCAAAGGAACCUUUAUUUACAGAUAGGUGGAAUCAUGCUCCUUCAGGAUCUUCUUCGAGCCAAACAGGCUCUGCCAACAAAAUUUCUAUCACAAUUCUUGAUGGCAGAUGA